ACGUGCCUGAUUGAACAAUUUUGCACAUCCAGAGAGGAGAUUGCAGCAGCUAUGUAACAUUUCAAAUUAUGGAGUGUUCCUGGAAAACUGUCUUUGUUCUGGUGUGUGCUUCCCUGGGGAUCCAGUACACAGCCAUCCGCUCCUUGAAAGCCACUAUCAACUCUGAUUGCCAUGGGACACAGAGUGGGACACACUGCCAGCACAGCCACCUGAGAGGUAAUGCUUCCAAAACUUUAUGCAAGCUGCUAAAUCAAGAGCAAAUCCACGACAGAAAGCACAUCCUUAUUUUUGCAACCACCAGGAGCGGAUCAUCAUUUAUGGGACAGCUAUUCAAUCAACAUCCCGGUAUUUUCUACCUGUUUGAGCCCCUCUACCACGUGCAACAAGUCUUCACCAAUGCCAGUGGCAGGAUCAGAAACGCUCUGGAUAGGCGAGCGCUCCUUGGGGCACACAGGGAUUUGCUUAGCAACCUGUAUGACUGUGAUCUGAAUUUCUUAGAGAAUUACAUGAAGCCGAUGCCCAAGGACCAUGAGACCACCAUGUUUUUCCGAAGGGGGGCCAGCAAUGCGCUGUGCGAACCGCCAGUAUGUGCUUCGUACUGGGACUCAAGGGAAGUCGAGGAACACCUUUGCGCUAGAAAGUGCAAGUCGCUGAACCUCACUCUGGCAUCGCAGGCUUGUCAGAAGCGAUCGCACGUGGCCAUCAAAACGGUUAGAAUUCCCGAAAUCAAAGAUCUUCGGUUGCUCACGGAGGAUCCCAGGCUAAAUCUGAAAAUCAUCCACCUUGUCCGGGAUCCCAGGGGGAUACUUACAUCAAGGAUGGGAACUUUCACAGAUCAUUUCAGGUCGUGGAAAAUCUGGAACGCUACAGGCCGCAAACCGCACAGUGUGGAUCUUUCUCAAAUCACAAUGACCUGCAAAGAUCUCUCCAACUCAGCCGAGACUGGGCUCAGCAGACCUGCUUGGCUAAAGGGCAAAUACAUGCUUGUGAGGUAUGAAGAUCUGGCCAGAGAACCCUUUAAAAAAGCGAAAGAAAUCUAUAACUUCAUUGGCCUGGAUAUAGAUAGUAACGUUAAGAAGUGGUUACUCCACAACACCAAUGGAAGUAGCACUGCCACGGGAAAUUACAAAUAUACCACGACAAGGAACUCAACAGCGACAGCAGAGAGAUGGAGAUUAAAUCUCUCUUUUGAUAUUGUUCAAAUGGUCCAAAACCUGUGUAAUGACACACUAACCCAACUUGGCUACAGGCAGGUAGAUUCAGUGAAAGAAUUGCGGAAUGUCUCUUAUAGUUUAGUUGAAUCCAGGACAUUUGUGCCAUUCCUGUAGUUCAAUCCUUUAUAGGAUCAGAAAACCAAUUUUUCUCC